CCUGCUCACCCUCGCCAUCACCAUCGGCAACCUUUGCAGCAAGCCACCCCCUUCCUCCUUCCUCCCUCCCGCCAUACCAUAUAUACCUCCACGCCUCCUCCUCGCCCUUCUCAUCUCCUCCUCCCCCCAUCCAUCCAUAGCUCUCCAACUCUCGAGAAAACUAAAGCUCUAGUCUCACGAGAGAAACAAAGAAGGCUCUCCGGCUCUACGCCUCCGAGCUCUACACCCCGGCCUCUACACCUCUAAUGGGGGAGCACGCGUACGACCACAGCAGCGGCGGCGGUGGCGGCAUGAGCCCGUCGACGCCGCCGGUGCAGCAGCAGCAGCAGCGUAGGGGCUCCUCGCGCCAGGCGAUGGUGCCCAGGGCCACCACGACGCGGCCGGCGAUAAGGAUCAUCCACAUCAUCGCGCCGGAGAUCAUCAAGACCGACGUCGACAACUUCCGGGACCUCGUGCAGCGCCUCACCGGGAGGCACCACCACCAGCCGGCCGACGCCACGGCCGACGACAGCGCGGCAGUGACGGUGGGCGUGGCGCCGACGCCGCCGUCGCCGGUAGAGGAGAAGCCGCAGCCGCAGAAGAAGAGGCUGGCGCCUGCGCCGGCGCUGGCGGACGACUUCGUGGCGCAACAGGAGAACAGGAGGAGGAAGAAGAUCAAGUGCGAGGUGGUGAAGGUGGAGGAAGGAGGGUUCGGCUAUGGCGGCGGCGACCUCGACUUCAGCGAGCUGUGGAUGGAUCUCAACCCCGGGGGCUUCCUGAGCUUCUUGGAGGAGGACGUGUUCCAGGGGAUGACGAUGGCUCCCGACUUGCUGCAGCAGCCUCUGGGGGCGCCGAGGAUGGAUUUAGUUGGUGAAAUGUGCGCCUCCUUUCUGGCUUAGUUAGUUAGUCAGAGCUGUUCUUGUGAUCUUUUUUAUGUUUUUGUGAGGAUUUUUUGCACUUUGGAUGAGAGGACUGGAUUCUUUUCUCUCUUCUUCCCUUUGUCUACAUGAACAUAAUUUACUGCAAUGGUCUUGGAAGAACUUACACCCAUGGCUGCAAAUACUAGUGAUUAUGUAAGGUUGGAUGAUGAUCAAUGAUCAUCCAAGGAAUGAUCAGUUUGGGUGCCUACA